CCUGAAAACCCUAGUUUCCUCUCAUAUAAAUUUCCUCUCUCCUUCUAACCCUAGAUCUCCGUUCCCCCAACAGCAGCAUCUCUCUCCUCAAGAUCCGUUGGAAGGUGAUAAUACCUGCAGACAAGCUAAGCUGCAAUGGCCACCGGUGAGCUCGCUUGUACUUACGCCGCUCUCAUUCUCCACGACGAGGGAAUCCACGUCACCGCUGAGAAGAUAUCUGCCUUAGUAAAAGCAGCCAACUUGAGUGUUGAGUCCUACUGGCCAAGCCUUUUCGCCAAGCUCUGUGAGAAGAAGAACAUCGAUGAUCUCAUCAUGAACGUUGGUUCUGGUGGUGUGGCUGGGCCCAUGAUAUAUUUGUUUUCUUUUAUAGAGGAGCCCAAGGAGGAGAGUGAUGAUGACAUGGGAUUCAGCUUGUUCGACUAA